GUUUGCAGGAUAGGUUAUGAAGGGUUGGACAGGCUGGCUAAUUGUAAAUUAGAACCGGCUGUAGUGGGUUGGAGGGAGAAUUUGUCCCUAGUGACAUUUUCUACCACCUGCACACUAAGAUACUUCGCGAAUGAGAUCUCCACUGUCAACCUGGUGCAAAAUGGUUCUGCAACGAAUAUCUGGGCGUUCGCAUAUCGGCCUUUUUAGUUUUGCAUAUAGUCCGGCGUCCACACUACGACUCUGUAUCCGAAUCGCAGCUUUUAGCACAAAAGUGAACCAUGCCGAACAAGCUCCUGCCCGAGUGCGCUUUGCCCCCAGUCCUACAGGAUAUCUUCACCUAGGAGGUUUACGGACGGCUCUCUUCAACUAUCUUCUGGCACGCCAAACUGGUGGCAGCCUUAUUCUGAGAGUGGAGGACACGGACCAGUAUAGGCUCGUACGGUCGAUGGAGCUGUAAAUCAUCUUAUAAAGAUGCUCGAUUGGGCAGGACUUACCUUCGAUGAAGGCCCCACCGUCGGUGGCAAGGUGGGGCCAUACAUUCAGUCAGAAAGGACGGCGUUGUAUCAAGAAAAGGCAGAUCGAUUGCUAAAGGAGGGACAUGCAUAUCGCUGCUUUUGCACAUCUGAACGUCUUGAUAAGGUUCGCCAAAUGGCCAAGCGCACUGGGCGCAUCAUUGGUUACGAUCAGCACUGUCGGCACUUGGACGCAGCGGAGGUCGAGCAACGAGUCAAGCACGGUCUUCCUCACACCGUGAGAUUCAAGGUUCCUGAAGGAAAAACAGUGAUGGAGGACAUUGUACAUGGACGCAUCGAGUUCUCGCAUCGGGCAGUCGAUGACAGUAUUAUUCUUAAAUCCGAUGGAUUGCCUACAUAUCAUCUCGCGAACGUGGUUGACGACCAUAUGAUGGGAAUAACACAUGUGCUGCGAGGAGAGGAAUGGGUUUCAUCAACACCCAAGCAUUUACUGCUAUACAAGGCCUUUAACUGGCAACCUCCAAAGUUUGCCCAUUUACCUCUGCUAGUAAAUAAAGACGGGAGCAAAUUGUCAAAGCGCCAAGGCGAUGUACACAUAGAAGCACUGUUGGACAAAGGUUACUUACCGGAAGCCCUUCUGAACUUCGUCGCCUUCCUUGGAUGGGGACCGGGAUCAACGAAAGAAUUUUACACGCUUUCUGAACUAAUUCGCGACUUCAAACUCGAGAAUAUCAACAAAUCUCCGGCAGUUGUUUCGUACGACAAGUUAAAUUACCUCAAUAAGCUUCACAUUGCUCGCAGGCUAGGCGACCCGGAAGAACGGGACAAACUCGUCGCAAAACUCCGACCGGUACUACAGGAGCAGUUCGAUAGCCUUAUGGAUGAAGAAGCAAAAAGGCUCCUCUCAGAUGAUGUCUACUUCACAACAGUUCUAAUGGCGGUGAAAGAACGCAUUCGCCUGCUCACUGAGGUUCCUAAAUUUUCGCAACCCUUUUUCAUUGCCCCGAACUUUGAGGCAGCUGAAACCCGGACGUGGAGGAGCAAACUGGAGACAAAGGAAAUCGAGCUCGUUGUCGGGCAAAUGCAGCAGAAAGUUACAAAGAUCGGGGACAGUGAUUGGAAUACCGAUACCGUCAAAAGAGCUUUGAACGAGAUUGCAGAGGAGCAGGGCCUGGAUUUCGUUCAGGUCAUGAAAAACCUGAGAUAUGCAUUGACCGGUACCAAGGUUGGAGUUGACAUGAUAACCAUCAUUCACCUUCUUGGCAAGCGAAGGACACUGGAACGAUUGCAAACAGCAUUGAACUUCAUCGUUUAGUUUCAGCGGGGAUUAUUCUCAGUUUCUUUAAUUUAUCUGUUUGCGGCGUUUCCUGUUAUGUUUCAAGGUAUCGAUGAUCGGACAUGGCAUUAAUUUGGUAUUGAUACGCACACAUGCUGGCUUGUGUACUCUAUUCAGGCCCUCUUCCUUGUAUAGUAGACUAUAUGUAGAUGAGUUUUUAAUGUAUCCUACUACUCGUAUGAAGACCGCGAGGCUUUUAAACCCUACGAUUCACAGUCUUUCGGUCACCUCAGGCAACAGUUCUC